CCCACCCACCCACUCACCGCAUCCAUCUCCUUCCUUCCUCCUCGGCUCCUACCCCCUCACAGAGGACGACGCUUCGUGACGUCAGCAGCCAUGGUGAAGGCCUACCCCACGGUGAGCGAGGACUACCUCAAGGCGGUCGAGAAGGCCAAGCGCAAGCUCCGCGGCCUCAUAGCCGAGAAGAACUGCGCUCCGCUCAUGCUCCGCCUCGCCUGGCACUCCGCCGGUACCUUCGAUGUCGCCACCAAGACCGGGGGGCCCUUCGGCACCAUGAAGAACCCCACGGAGCAGGCGCACGGAGCCAACGCCGGUCUCGACAUCGCCAUCAGGCUCCUCGAGCCCAUCAAGGAGCAGUUCCCCAUCCUAUCCUACGCUGAUUUCUACCAGCUUGCAGGAGUCGUGGCCGUUGAGGUCACCGGCGGCCCUGAGGUCCCCUUCCACCCAGGGAGGCAGGACAAGCCUGAGCCUCCACCGGAAGGCCGCCUUCCUGAUGCCACCCAAGGUUCUGACCACCUCAGGCAGGUGUUCUCCACACAGAUGGGUUUGAGCGACCAGGACAUUGUUGCGCUUUCUGGUGGUCACACCCUGGGAAGAUGCCACAAGGAUAGGUCUGGCUUUGAGGGAGCCUGGACUUCCAACCCUUUGAUCUUUGAUAACUCUUACUUCAAGGAGCUUCUGAGUGGUGAGAAGGAAGGCCUUCUGCAGCUGCCAAGUGACAAAGCCCUCCUCUCUGACCCAUCCUUCCGCCCGCUUGUCGAGAAAUAUGCAGCGGAUGAGGACGCUUUCUUUGCUGACUAUGCUGAGGCCCACCUGAAGCUUUCUGAACUGGGAUUUGCUGAGGCGUAAGGUGCUUCCAGAAAAGGGCAAAAGAAGGGGGCUGGGGGCGGUUGAAGAUUGUUGCCUAGCCGAAUUUAUCUUUGUGGCUGUUUAGCACCUAAGACCAUUACGAACCAGAAGAGUGUGGUGGCGGCUUGGCUGUAAUAAACAUUCGUGGGCCUUAUGAGGCAGGACAUCUUUCGUGUGUUUCCAUGGAACGGUUAGAGUACGGUGAUUUCCUUUCCGGGGGUUGAUGAAUUCAGCUGAAGGUGCAGUAGUGUGUAAUGUCAUGGUUCUUUUCAUCUGUUGUGAUGUUGGUUACCAUAUCUUAAUUCUCUCUGUUCACGAAA